CGUAAACGAGAGCAGUAAGAAACAGAGAGAAAACUGAGCAGAGGAGCUGAGUGAAGCUUCAUCUGCAUUAAAUACAAUCGAGGGAGAAAAACCUCAGAAGGGAGAAUCUCUGGGAGGUAACUGGAGACGCUGGAAGGAGACAGACUGUACAGCUGAGCAUGAAGAAGCUCCUUGGUGUCACCUUCUGUCUCUGCUCAGUUGGAUGCUGGGUGGCGUCAGGUGUGAUCACAGUGUCUGGAUAUGAAAGACAGUCGGUCAGUAUUGAAUGUUCUCAUAGUAACGCAGAAACCAACUUGAAGUAUUUCUGUGGGAGCCGAUGUGACUAUAAAGACAUUCUCGUUAACACUGAAAAUGGUCGUUCAAACAAGACGAAUGGGAGGUUCUCCCUGUAUGAUCAUGGAUCAGGAACCUUCACUGUAACCAUCACUGGACUGAGGAAGACCGACACUGGGAAAUACUGGUGUGGAACAGAGCGAGCAGGCGCUGACAGCUACACAGAGGUGCACCUCACAGUGAUAGAAGCUCCUACCACAACUCCUACCACCACUCCCCAAACUACCCCCUCUACUGCAUCUCACUCCACAGCGCCCCCACCUGGCACCACUGUGUAUAAUCAGGAGACACAGCCUACAGCUCCAUUGUCCACCAGCAUGACCGCGGCCCUGAAGCAAACAGGUAAGGUAAUCUUCACUCACCUCCACACUCUCACCAUUAGUAACAUCAGUUACAUUAAAUACACUGAAAUGUGUUUCCAUUCAAAAUUCAACAUUCAUGGAGUGUAG